AUGGGCAAUCAACAGCAACCGUCUGGUCGUAAACGAUUAGACACAUUUACGCGUUAUAUACAAGAUGGCGAUGAUGGACGAUUUGUUACGGUAGAAGGGAAUGAUAAUCAGGCAUCUUUGGACGAUCGAAAUCCAAUAGCAAAAAGUAAAUUGUCAACACUGCCUACUCCACCCACUUCACCUUCACCACCAUACGCCAGUUCACCGCUAGAUAUUAUUCAUGAUAAUGUAUUUGAAUAUCCUCCAGAAUCACCAGCGUCCAUUGACAGUAAUUUUAAAUGUUUGUCUCGUUAUCGUAGUGAAUCGGAUAAAAAUGUCGAAAUGAAUCAUUCACAUAAGAUGCUUCCAGCAUCAUAUAUGGACAAACAUGCAAAACUAAUCGGAACAUUUAAUAAUUGGAAAGAUGGUGUUCAUAUGGUUAAAGACGAUAAUGAUUUUGUCAUCAUUGUUGAAUUACCUGCCGGGCAUCAUCGUUACAAGUUUAUCGUUGACGGAAGAGCAGAAUAUAAUGCGAUUGAGCCGUCAAUCGAAAGUGGAGAGAAGGGACGCACAAAUGUGUUAGUAGUAAAAAAUAGUGAUUUUGAUCUAAUGAAAGCAUUACAUAGUGAAACAGAAGACAAUUUAACCUAUGGCCAAAUAUUACCAAAUCCAAAUGAAUUUUCUCUAACAGACCGUCCGCCAUCAUUGCCUAGCCAUCACUUAAAUAUUACUCUAAAUCAAGAGCCAUUAACAGGGGGUGAAUAUUCAGCAUUAUUGAAAGAACCAAAUCAUGUUAUGUUAAAGCAUUUAUAUGCACUAUCGAUUAAAGAUGGAGUCAUGGUUAUGAGUACAAUCACACGUUAUAGACAAAAAUAUGUGACCACAUGUUUUUAUAAACCGACUUAG